UUUUUGUCAUAUUCACAAUUGAAAUGGUAAAAAAAGAGCGGCUUUUUAUUUGUCCAUGUGCUUGUGACAUGUAUCUAUUUUUCUUUUGUGCACGGAUGAUAUGUGGGAAAUUUUUGAUAAAAUGAAGUUUGGACUUGAGCGCUCUUUUUUAAUUUCCCUUAAAAGCAAAAAAACGACAGGGUUAAAGUCCUCAGUCAGAAGAUGUGGCAACGAUAGAUGCAGAUACAUAUACACCAAAGCACAAACAUGGGAUUUGGUUUAUUUAGAGCAAAGGAUAUUUGCCGUUCGAGCUUGGAAGCACAGCUGGGAAUGGAUGAGCAGUAAACUUUUUAUCGAGGCAGACAUGCACAUGAUCUCAUCACCCGAUACAGUGAAUGCCAUUUUGUUUGGUUUUGGAUUUGUUUGUGUAAGCAUAUUAGUGUUUACGUGUGUGUUAGUUACAACUAGACGCAGGGACAUGAAUAAUUUUGGACAAAGAUUGUUGUCAAACCACAUACCUUUUUUUUGUAUCGUGUGUUUAAGUUGGCUCUUUAUCAAAAAAAGGAGAGCUACCUAAAAAUCAAGCCUGCUCGCUUUUAGAAAGCUAAGCAACUGUACUGAAAAAUUACUGUCUUGAUACAGAUGCGUACCGACUAGCAGAAAAAGAAUAAAAUGUACAGAAUGAAUAUGCAGAAAAUGAAUAUACGAGAGUAAAAAAGAAAUAAACAAUGGUAUCGCUUCCUGUUUUCUUCCACGACAGACGCGGCACUGAAAAAGGUGAAAAUGAGAAAUAAAUGGCAGGAAAAGUAGAGGUUGCGGUGGCCCGACCAAAGACGACAGAGUAACUUGCGCAGGUAUAAUCAAUUUAUACAAUAAUUUAAAAAAAAAGCUGAA